UGUAUUCUGAUCUCAAGCGAAGAAAUCUUUGGUCAAAUAGUCAAUAUCGCAACAAGGUUUUCAAUUUCUUGAUAUUUAUUUAUAUGGAGUCGGCUAAACAAGGAAGCCCAGAGGCUUCAAGUGAAGAAAAUUAUGAUAGCCAAGAACAAGUCAAAGAAGAUUUAUCAAGCAAUACAGCAACUACUGCUAAACGCUCAUAUGAAUGUUCUUUUUGCAAGAGAGGCUUCACAAACGCGCAGGCCUUAGGGGGACACAUGAACAUACAUCGGAAAGAUCGAGCUAAUCGAACCAGAGGCAAAAACCUUGCAAGUUCCUCAUCAGUUUCAAGCAAAGCCAAUGAGGAAAUCAAGAAUCCUAGAUAUAUGGUACCAAAUUCAAGUAUACCCACAAAUUACUAUCCGUUUUUGGAGGCUCAAAGGAAUCAUGAAAUGUAUUUUCAGCCACCUGCAGGUUCUAGCCCUAGACAGCCAUAUAGCAAUUACAAACAUGGUAGCCAGGAUUUUCUUGGGCCAAGAUCUCAAUCUUUGAGCAUGAACGAAGAGCUUUGGGGUAAAGGUCUAAGCUUGCAAAUUGGGUCUGCCAAUAUCCAAGAUAGUGGAGGGAAUAGGAGGGUUUCUGACGAUGACGAAGUCGAUCUGGAGCUUAGACUUGGACGUGACCGCUAAUGGGUCACACGGGUAAAUCUAUAUUUCAGGAAUGAACAAAUGUUUCUUACAGGGUUUACGUACUUAUUUGCUGGUACUGUUUCAUAGGGGGGAUUUAAUAUGGAUUUCAUGAAGAUUGCAAUAUGCAUAUUACUGUUCCGUUGGUGUAAUAUAAAGAGUACCAUGUCUGCUGUGAGAUC